AUGGUUAGAUCUUCGGAUGAAUUCCUGGUUUCAAAACAUAGCAUGUCAGACGAUGAUCACCAUUCAGUAAUUGCUAACCUGGCAGAAGUCAGACCUUAUGAGAUACAGCCUUUACACUCGGAAUCAAAUUUACAAUCCGAAGCUGUUUCUAUUGCAUCGAGUAAUAAUAGGUUAAGUCGAACAAAAACGAGCCAAUCACAAUUAUCGAGAGUGCUAACUGGUAUCAAAGAUGAUCAGUUACAAGAUGAGGAAAACAAGAGUCAGUAUAGAGAAAGGGGUGAGGCAGAGUUUAUCUUUGUAGAUGAGCUAGAAAAAGCAACGACACACAAGAGCAGAUUUGGCGAGGAACUGAAAGAAAAUCUAGAUACAACAGGAGAAUAUGGUGCACGUUUUAGCAGCACUGAAGAAGAGAAAACGAGAGGACGAAAAAAGAGAAAUGAUGGACAAAUUGGACAAGCUGGAGAAGAAGAGGUAGAAGAUGACGAAGAAAAAGAUGAAGGAGAAAUAGUAACUGAAAAAUCAGACUAUAGAGUAGAUGGUGGGUUUGCAUGGUUAAUGGCCGUAUGCGCUAUGCUUGCGCUGUUUUCUACAUGGGGUGCCAAUGCUGCGUUUGGUGUGUUUUUAAACUUUUAUUUGAAUAAUGGCACUUUCCCAGAAGCUACCGAGUACGACUAUGCGUUGAUCGGUGGUAUCGUUGUGUGUUUGGCCAAUAUAUUGUCACCAUUUAGCGCAUUACUAUACAAGGUAUUUGGUUUCAAAGUAGUUUGCUUUAUUGGCAUUGUUUUCCAAACGGCUGGUUGGAUUUUGGCAUCGUUUUCCAAAAGAAUUUGGCAUUUGUAUUUGACACAAGGUGUGCUUGUUGGUAUCUCGUUCAGCUUAAUCUUUAUACCCGCUACCCUUGUUUUACCUACUUGGUUCCGUACGAGAAAAGCCGCAUCAAUGGGAACAUGUGUUGCUGGAGCUGGUUUGGGUGGUCUUGUUUUUUCACUUAGUUUGAACAAGGUGAUUCAAGAAACAGGUGACCAAAAAUGGGCAUUGCGAAUGGUUGGUUUGGUUGCUUUGACCACUGCAUCAUUCUCAGCAUUACUUAUGAGACCAAGAGCGUACAAUCCUCCUUCCUUAAAAGAAAGAUUGAGCGCUGCAUCGAUCAAGAAUCACAUAAGGGUGAUUUUUGAUAUUAAAGUGUUUAAGAAUUUGGGCAUCUGUUUUGUUUCAUUGUGGUUUGCAAUUGCAUUACUUGGUUAUACCUUGAUGUUGUUCUCAUUAUCAUCAUACGCCACUUCAGUUGGCUUGAAUCACUCUCAAGCUUCAACACUUACUGCGAUAAUGAAUGCUGCACAAGUCGUGGGUCGUCCAUCGAUGGGAUUAAUAGCCGAUAGAGUUGGAAGAGCAAACUUUACGGGUUCUUGUUCCUUGGUCAUUUGUAUCUUGUUGUAUGCUUUCUGGAUAAAUGCAACAAGUUAUGGCGCAUUAAUUGCCUUUUCCGUGAUCAUUGGCUUGAUGAUUGGUGUUGGUUCUUCUUUGGCACAACCACUUGCUGCUGAUUCUCUUGAAGGAGAAUUGGAGAAAUUGCCCGCUGGAUGGUCAGGUAUCAACAUCUUUGUUUCCUUUUUUUGUUUAGUUGCUGAAGUCAUUGCAUUGGCAUUGGUGCAAAAGACAGCAUCUAAACCAUACUUGCAUACUCAAAUAUUUGCUGGUACUUGUUUCUUUGCAUGUUUCUUGGUAAUUUUACCAUUGAGAGAGUACUUGGUUCGUAAGGUGCUUACAGAUAGAUACGAACUGGCCAAGAAUCGUUUGAAGGUGGUGGAAAAUGGUGGCGGGUUUGUAGAUAAGAAUAGAUAUCUCAAAGCACAAGAAAAAGGUGAUGAUAUCGAAGAAAACGAAGAAGAGAUUCUACUCGAAAGAAUAGAGAGGUACGAGCAACUUUUAUCCACUUCAAGCAGAGCAUACUUUAUACGUUUAGCAUACCCAAUCAAAGUAUAA